AUCAAUUGUUUUGUGGCGCUGGAAAAUGUAUAGCUAUAGAGCACAUUUGCAACGGCGUAUCUGACUGUGAAUGGGGACAAGAUGAACGGAAUUGUGUGCGACUUAGUGGCGAGAUGGGAGUGCGAGGUGAAGGGAUGCUGGAGCUCUAUUCACCGAACACGACGUCGUGGCGACCCGCGUGCAUUCAGAGCUGGGAUUCAGAACUGUCGGCCACCAUAAUUUGCAACAUACUUGGAUACAAAAUAUCUUCUAGAAGCAUGCUCGGCGAGAACAACAAACUUUUGGCCUCCGUUAAGUACAAUCAAUCAAAAGAAUACUACGACGAAAACAAAAUGACCGUUUACAGAGAAAUCCGAUACUGUCCGGAUUCGUUUUUGUACCCGUCUAUAAGUCUCUUGUGCUCUAAUUUUGGGUCGAUGGAGGUUUUAUCAUUAUUAGGUUAA